GCCCUGUUAAUAUAAUUUUUAUUUUUAGUUUAAUCUCAAAAAAUAUGUCAUCCAAUAAAGGCAAAUUCAUUAAUGCCUUUCAAAGCAUUAAAAUGCUUGAAGACUAUGACCAGUUUGAAUUUAAUAAUGAGUCAAAUAAAGAAAAAGUAGAGGACUUGCAUGCAAACAAUAAAGGCAUACACAAUGAGAUAGUAAACAAUCAAGACAAGGAUGGAGAACUUUACAAUCCGCUUGAAGACAUGGACGUAGGAAGUGACAGUAAUGAUGGAUCAAAUUUUGCAGACUCUGCUCAGAUUGAAGAAAAUAAUCUUUCAAAUGAUGACAAGCUUGCUGAAGGUAGUAUUAAAAGUGCUGACAAUAAAAAAUCAAACGAGGUAGAUAUAUUUGCAAACAUGGACGAAACUACGAAUGAUGUUUCUGAUGCUGAUACUUGUGACGAUAAUGAGGCUGUAGAGCAGGAGAAACGGAUUAUAGCAGAACUUGAAGAAAGUGUAAAAACAAAAGAAUUUAGUAGCACUAAGGUAGAUUUUAUUGAUGAUGGUGAUGAACUACUUGGUACUGCACUUGCUGAACUUGAAGCAGAAGAGCGAGAAAAGCAAGAAGAACUCAAAAAACUUAUGUUACUUGAGACAGAGGAAGUGGAAGAGAAAAAAAUUAAGAAAAAAAAGAAAAAAGGAAAGGAGAAAAGUAGUAGUAAAAGUGAUGAUAGUUGGGACAAGGAUAGUAAAAAAAAAAGAAAGAAAAAAAAGAAGAAAAAGGGGAAAGAAAAAGAAAAGGUUAUAGAAGAUGACAAAAAGAAAAAGAAAUCAAAAGAGAAAAAAGGAAAAAAGGACCUAGAGUCAUUUGUGGAAAGCUGUAAGAGAGAGGUGCAUAAGUUUGAUGAUGGAGAUAAAAAGACAGAAGUUAAAAAACCAACAAAAUCUCAUAAACUGAGCAAAAAUGAUAAAGAAAAUGUUUCAAGUGAACCUAAAAAAGAGGAUCAUAAGAAAAAGAGUGCUGAUAGAAAUAAAGACAGAAGGAGUAGCUCUUCCCAAGACAAAAAGAAGGAAUCUUCCAGGUCGUCAAAAGAUCACAGCAGUCGUAAACGAUCAUCGAGAGAUUCAACUGAUGAGUAUUACCUUAGUAAACGCUCGCGGAGAGAUGAUUCUAGUGAACGACAUAGAAGAUCUAGAGAUAAACAUUCUCGUCACAGGGAUAGAUCAGAAGAGAGAGAAUUGAAACAUAAGCAAAGGAGUAAUCAUGACAGCAGACGGUCCUCUCACAGCCGAGUAAGAACUUCCCCUGAUAAGAGCAAAUUAGAUUAUGAAAUUAAAUUACCGAAACAUGAGAAGUAUGCAAAAAAAGAGACACGUGACUCUCCUGCAAGGUUGUCAAAGAAUGAAUUUUACAAUUUACAAAACAAGGUACAUCACCAGGUAAAUGAUAAACAUAGCCAAUCAACGAUACAGUCAAAAAAGACUCGAAAGACAUCAGAUAGUUCAACUGUUGAAUCUGAUGUUGAGGCUGAGAAGGCACUGCAUCGUUCAUCACUUAGUGAAAAUUAUAAGAUUGAAUUAAGCAAGUAUAAACAUGAUAUUGAACAUAGUAAUGAACAUAGUAGUAGGUCCGAAAAUUUGAAUGUUUCAACGGAGCAUACUAGUCCACCAAAAAGAUCUCGCAAGCAUUCUGAAAGCAAACAUUCUCAUAGAAAAUCUUCUACACCACCAAAUGAUUCACACAAACAUACAACUCGAAAUAGAAAACGUUCUAAUAGUGAGGGACAUUUGCAUAGGGAAUUGCCUAAGGAGACAUCAGAAUUAAAUGUGUCUCACGUUUCAGAAGAUAAUGCACACGUUAAAACAGUUGUUCCUGUGGAAAACGAUACUUUUAAACCAGAAAGUAAAGAAAAUCCAAAACAUCACACUGAAAUGCCUGCUAAAAAUCUAGACGAGAAAAAUAGUUGUGGUAACAAGAACAUAGACUUAAGUGUUUCUGACAAAAAGAAGACGCUGAAACCUGGCUCGUUAAGCUUGAAUCAAUAUAAAGAGAGACGGAGUUCUGGAAAAAAAUCCUAUGCCAAACAAAACUCUAAUGAGGCAACCAAUUUUGUAAUUGAUGAGAAAUCAACAAUGUCGACUCCAGAAAGUUCCGCUGAUAAAGGUAAUUCUUCAUCCUUCGACCGUGAAAACAAAGAAAAUGUUCCUCGUGAUGAAAAUGAGCUUGCAUCUACAGAAAACCUAAAUCAAAGUGUUGAUGUUACGACAGAUGGACCUGACGAACAUGUGUCGAAUCAUGUGAAACGUAACGAAUCCAUUCCUUUACUCUUUGACAAUGAAACCAAGCACGAGCUUCAUAACUCGUCGCAGUCUCUCACAAGCGACAACGAUGCACCCGCUGUUAAACCCGAAUCGCCAUAUAAUCCUGAAGCUGCGAGUCCGCUGGAUAUGGCUUCACCCAGUUGUGCGGCGAUCGAGGACCGAGAGGAUGUUGAUUUUAAUGCGUACAAAGAUGUAGUAGCUUUCGACGAUAUCAUGAAAUCGAAAGUGAAACAUGAAGCACGAAAACACAAGCGCCGCAAAUUAGAAGAACUCAAAGCUGAAUUUGGUAGCCCUCCUGCUUCGUCGAAAGAGGGAAAACUUGUGGAUUAUUUGGUACGUCAAGCGCAAGUUGAGGAAGAAAUGAAAACCGUUUUGAAGCAAUAUUUCAAAUCGCAUGAAAUCACGAAAGAAGAGUACAAAAAUAUACUGAAAAAGGCGGUUCCCCAGGUGACGAUGUCUAAUAGUCCAAUAGUACCCGAUAAAAUUGCCUCGCUCAUGGUUAAAUUUGUUCGUAAAUGCAAAGGUAAUCGAGCCAAGGAAGAAAAGAAUCGUCGUAAACAGCAAAAACAAUUACAUGAGCAACAAAAGCAACUGCAGUUGCAACUAAAGACCAGCGCAGCCAUGUUUCAACAAAUUCGAGUUUUAAACCCGGACCUGCCAAUGCCUCCUGUGUGAACACAAACAGGCUGGUUUUCUAACUCGCAUCAAGGAUGAACCAAGAUUAACAAGAAAGAAAUUGUACACUGCCGCUGUGAGAUUAACGCGAAAUUUUAAUGUGUGUAAAAUGCAGACUAGUUGAACUAUAAGGCGUAUCGAUAACCAAAUAACUGGACACAAAGUCUUGUCAAUUUUUAAUAACCCAAAUUUUUUAUCUCAUAAGAGCUAUAUUUUAUCCAUAUAAACGCGUUCCUAUGUUUUUUAUAUGAAAUGAUUUAGUAAAAAAAUAAUGAAUUUAGCUUGAUGCCACUUCAAAGUUUACCCAGACUCGCUCCUGUUUGUCACUGAAAUUUUUCCCUACCAUACAUCUCACAAAACUUAGGAAUGAUUAUUUGAUAGCAUAUGAUCGUUCUAUGUCAGAAUAGAAUGGGGAAACUAUGAAUUCUGUGUAGUUUUUUAUUUAGACAGCUGUAAAGCGUUAUUUCGCCAGUGAGAGAACUACAUCGUCCGCAAGACGAAUUAGCAAAA